UCGCUUGCUUGGCGUGGGCGGUAGUUCUUCAAGCUGUAACUCUUGAGCUGUUAACUCUCAUAGAGCUGUAUACCGAUCAUGCCGGAGUUAUCUUCAAAAGGUGCUACUAUCUCUAAGAAGGGUUUCAAGAAGGCUGUAACUAAAACUCAGAAGAAAGAGGGAAAGAAACGCAAGAGGUGCCGGAAGGAAAGCUACUCUAUCUACAUUUACAAGGUGCUGAAGCAGGUUCAUCCUGACACUGGUAUUUCGUCGAAAGCUAUGAGCAUCAUGAAUUCUUUCGUGACUGACAUAUUUGAGCGCAUCGCAGGAGAAGCGUCACGCCUAGCCCAUUACAGUAAGCACUCAACCAUCACAUCUAGAGAGAUCCAGACAGCAGUUCGACUGCUUCUGCCUGGGGAGCUGGCAAAGCAUGCGGUGUCUGAGGGUACUAAGGCUGUCACCAAGUAUACUAGCUCAAAGUAAACUUCCCAAGUAAGCGUCUGCACAUUUAACCCAAAGGCUCUUUUCAGAGCCACCUAAUUUCUCCCAAAAAGUGGCUGUAAACUUUGCAACUGUACCUCUCAAGUAGGUGGGCUAAAGAAAUACUUGACGUUUAAGUUAAACUUAACGGUUCACAAAGGUAUGUAACGCUGUGUGGGAGACAGCAGAUAGCUAUGUGGUUUCUUAAUAGUAGAGGCACUACUCAGUUUACCUCAAUUACAGCAGGAGUAGCCGAAGAGGAACCCUCUGAAAAAUUAGUCGCUUGGAACACGUGGGUAUGACUUGGCGGAACACUAUCGGUGCUCCUGAAAGUUACAUAGGUUUGCUUCCCCAGACUCCCCUCGGAAAACUAAAACUCAGACGACGUUGGGGUCAUAAGAAAAUAUCUCAUGUGCGUAGGACUCAGCACGGUAAGUUUGGUCUUGUGCAGUUGACUGGAUGCCCUCCAACUGUGGGGACUUCAGCGUGGCAAGUCACGGUUUUUAAGCCUGACCCUUUCAUGUGUAUUUGAGGCUCUACAGUGUUGAGAGCAUCUUGACAUUCGUGUGUGAAAACAGUGCCUUCUCUCAAAAGUACUUCAUAUUGGAACGGAACAAUCCUCUGGUAAAGCGCAAUUAACUAAUCCCUUUACGUUUCUUGUAAGAUGUGGUACAGGUUGCUUGUCUGCUGUGUGAUGGAUCAUUAACAGACUGUUUAAGCUCUAUUACUAGAUAAGCGGCACUAAACACACAAGCUUUAAAAAAAUUAGUGUUAAUACACUGAAUGAAACAACCUUGAAAAGCAAGGAUCGAAUUGUAACUGGUAUAACGGGAAGCCUCAAAAGCCUAGGUUAACCAUCAAGUUAAUUUUUAACUGGUUCAGAAUUUGCGUGUUUUCUUUACAUGAAGAAAAUUCAGUGAAAUUUCAUUAAAAGUGCCUUACACAUCCAUCCAUAGAUGGACAGCCCCUCUAGAGCCCCUUGUGUGCUUCAGGUGGGAGUCCUCCAAGGAGCUAACAGCAACUGUACUCUCAUUGUACUGAGAGUAGCAGCAUGUAAUCGGAGCCCCAGCUGCCCCAGUGACACAGCACAUAGCUCCUAAAUCCCUGUGAAUUUCAUGAAUAUUCUCUACAGGCAACUGAUUGAUGGAGAAAUAACAGGACUGGGAUGAUCAGAGUCCUGGCUCCACUGCCCUGCAGUUUCAUUGCCUCUGUUCACACCCUGAUUUUACCCUCGUGCUGGUCCCAGUUCCAAGUGUUUACGCAGAGAGGACAAAAUAAAGACAGGAAGAGACAGUCUAUUUCAGUGGGUCUCUGAGAACAAGGAAAGCCUUCCCAGAGGAUUUCCUCUCACGGCCCUUUUCUAGAACUGAGCCUAGUCCCAAGUCCUGCCUGAGCCAUUCACCUACAGGAAUGGGACCAUGUGACUGGUAGGGACGAAUCAAUUUCCUUCUUGUAAACUUGGUAUACUUUUUAUUAAACGUAGUUCUAGAUAUUUUGUUUUCUUAUUGUAAACGGUGUACUUCCCUAUUCAUAUCUUCCAGCAUUAUAUUUUUUACAUGAAAGUAUUGAUUUCUGUGCAUCUUUUUCACACCCUACUAUACCUUGCUGCAUUGACAUUUUCAGAUUGGCUUUUUGGUAAAUUCUGGUGGGUUUUGCCUUUUUUGCAGUAAUAUCUGAAAUUAGUAAACAUUUUACUGCCUCCUUUUCAUUAGUUCACUUCUAAUUUCUUUCUCCUGUCUGAUUUGAGAGGCUUAUACCUUCAUAAUCAUAUUAACAGCAGUGAAGAGUGUCGACAUUCCUGUUUGGUCCUUUAUUUUCCUCAAGAAUCUGCACUAUUCCUCUUUAGAUAUAUUUUGUUAUAAUAAGGAAGAAUUCUUGUCUCAACUUUAUUAAGAGCUGUAAGUCAAGAAUGGAUGUUGAAUUAUAUAAAAUGCCCUUUCAGCAUCUCUGGAGAAUCACCAUAAACUUUUUCUUUUUAGAUAUACUAUGAGGGGUUAUUUUUAUAAACUACCUAG